AAUUAUUUAUAUUUUAUACCAAAUCUUUUUUUUUUUUUUGGGUGGGGAGGGGAAGCAUUAAUAACUCUUCAAAUUACUUAUAUUUUAUGCCAAAUCAUUUGGGGGGUGGGGGUAUAUAUAUCCUCUCUAGCCACCCCAAAAGCCAAAUGAAUUCAUGUCGAGGGCUUCCUUGCAGCCGCAACUACGUACUCAACAUUAGCUCCGUAGCUCUAAUCUCACAGUGCGGAGACCAUGCAUAAGCUGCAUGUAGCUCUGCUUUCUAGCCCAGGCCUCGGCCAUCUGAUCCCUGUGAUUGAGCUGGGGAAGCUCCUUGCCCUCCACCACGGUUUCAAGGUCACAAUCCUCGCCGUUACUUCCCAAACCUCCGAAGCCGAAUCCCACAUUCUGAAAUCAGCCAUCUCCUCCAUCAACUUCUGUGAUUUCCUCGAAAUCCCACCUGCAGACGUCUCUGGCCUUCUCGAAAACCAAGCUGCCAUCGUCGAACGCCUCUGCGUCGUCAUGCGUGAAACCAAGGGCGCUGUUCGAUCUGCGCUUUCUAACAUGGCCCCCCCUCCUUCUGUGCUCGUAGUCGAUAUCUUCUGUUCCGAAUGUUUGUCCAUAGCCGAAGAGUUCCGCAUGCUCAAGUACGUUUACGUUGCUUCCAAUGCCUGGUUUUUCUCCCUGACUUUAUACUCUCCCAUCCUGGAUAAGCAAGUGCAAUGCCAGUUCGUAGAUCAGAAAGAACCGCUCGAAAUCCCAGGUUGCAGUCCAAUUCGUCCUGAAGACGUGGUUGAUCCCAUGCUGGACCGGAACACUCGGAAUUAUGAGGAGUACAUCGGCAUAGGGAUGGGGGUGCGAAAAGGCGACGGGAUAUUGGUGAACACGUGGGAAGAACUCCAACACAAAGACCUUGAAUCACUGAGAGACGAGAAUUUAUUGGGCGGGUUGCUGAAAGUUCCAGUGUAUGCCAUUGGACCACUGGUGAGGGAGCCAGAACCUCCCUCGAGUUCAACCAUAGAGUUGCUGGGGUGGCUGGAUCAGCAACCCAGUGAGUCGGUGGUUUACGUCUCGUUUGGGAGUGGUGGCACGCUUUCGCAUGAGCAGACCAUAGAGGUUGCGUGGGGUUUGGAGUUAAGCCGGUUGAGAUUUAUGUGGGUGGUGCGUCCGCCAAACAGAGGGCGCGCAGACUCAGCGUUCUUUAGCACCGGGGACGGCAGCCGUGAGGACGAUGAUCCUUCAAAUUAUUUGCCAGAAGGGUUCAAAGAGAGAACGCGGAAAAUGGGGAGAUUAAUUCCACAAUGGGCGGCCCAAGCACGCAUAUUGAGGCAUCCAUCGGUGGGGGGAUUCAUGUCGCAUUGUGGGUGGAGCUCGUCUCUGGAGAGCAUAACGAACGGCGUGCCGAUGAUCUGCUGGCCGUUAUACGCAGAGCAGAGGAUGAACGCGACGCUGCUGGCGGAGGAGUUGAGGGUGGGGGUGAGGCCUAAGGUGUUGCCGGCGAAGAAGGUGGUAGGAAGGGAGGAGAUAGCGAGCAUGUUGAGGGAGAUAAUGGAGGGGAAGCCUAACCCCAUAAGGGAGAGAGCGAGAGAGGUGAAGGAGAGGGCAGCCAUGGCUACGAAGAGGGGCGGCUCGUCUCGCACUGCCCUGGACGACGUCGCGGAACAAUGCGUGGCAAGCUGGCACCGUCUCCACAAACCAAAUUAGGCAUUUGUCUUCUUCUGCUGCCUCUGUCGCCGUCAGCUUUGAUAUUUGAUAAUAUAUUUGCGCUUCCGUUUCGCUUUGGUUUUCAAUUUCAUAUUUAAAAUAUUUGAGUUUGAUUGUCCUAGAAUGUCAGAUGUUGCCUGUCUUCAGUGGAUCUCCGUAAAUGUCUACUGCAUCGCUUUCAACAUACAGGCUCGUCACCUAGACUCUCUCUGUUUAUCCUCUCUGGCCUCCUAGUAUUGGGAAAAAGAAGACAAAAAGUGGAGUCGUAUUUAUCGGCUGAUAAAAUAACAAGGCAUUCUUACUUUGCGUAG